GUCAUAUUAAUAAUCUGUAUAAUACUUGUUUUUGGGCACUGGUUCAUUCUGGAAAGACAGAAAGUGAAGCCGAGAACGCGUUAAGAGUAGGUACAAUAUCUUCUGAUAAAAAUGAAUUACUUCAUACAUCAUUCGAUAUAAAUUAUAAUAAUUUACCUGAAAUGUAUCGAAAAGGUUCUGUACUGAUUAGAAAAGAGGCUCAUCUCAUGUCUCAUAAUCAGAAAGGCGUCGAAGUCGUUAGAAAGAAAAAGGUUGUUACAACAUUACAUGUAGAUAUAAUUCAUGAUAAAUUUUGGAAGGAACAUCCCGAAUUAAAUGUAUCUGUGUAA